GCCCUGGCAGACAGAGCAGGGACAGGAGGGGUCAGGGACAGCAGGGCACAGCCCCACAGACUCUAGACUCUGAGGAUGGUGCUGAGGCAAAGCUGUGGUCUAAGAGUCUUGGAGGGAGGAGGGCAGAGGAAGGGAAGGAACCCAGAACAUCCUUCUGGAAUCCUGUGUCCUCCAGAACAAGCCACCUUUGGCCCCCAGCUGGCUGCUCCCCAGCCAGCUCUCCUCCCUUUCCCCAGGCCUUGUCAGCUCCGCCAUCUCCAGUCCGUCCUCAGGAAUCACCUGCGGACCCUCUAGCCAGGCCCUCGUUCCCCCUCAUUUCCUCUGAGCCCUUUAUCCUUCACUUCUUCCCUCUAUGCCAUGGCGUCUGCCUCUCUCAGGCUCCCAAGGAAGGGAAGCUGUCUGAGGUGCAGGGAUGCACUUGGCUCUGCUGGGCACGCAGCCUGGCACUGUUCAUGCCUGGUGCCCUGCGGUCCGGCUCCUGCUGAGGAUGCAGAAGGGAGCCCUGCUGGAGACAGCGUGGAAUGCCCCACCCUAGAAAGAGAGGCCACCAUGCCUCUAAAAAUACACACAAGGGCUCCUGGAGGGCAGGGCCCAUGGCUCAAAGCUUUUAUGAACUUGCCAGCACAGUGCAGAGAUUAAGGAAUGCUGUAUUUAAAUAAUCAAAAGAAUAAUAAACAAAUGCCUCAAUGGGCCAUGGCUGGAGGGUGGAGAAGCAGCUCUGCAGAGGGGCCUAAGCAGGCAACCCAUGCCCCGACAAGGUCUGUGGUGGGAAUUAAACCCCUGCCUCCCUCAGCAACCUUUAGGCUGUGUGAUGAUCAUGUGAUCCCAACAGUUUCACAGAGAAGUGUGAAGCCCGCCUGACUUGGCACAGAAAUGAGCCAGGCCAGGGGUUGCAAGAUGCAGUGGCCUGCCCGUAGCAGAGAGCUGUGGGGCCCUGAUCCAAGCUACGCUGCACAGGGGCGCUCUUACGGAACCAGGCAGGAGGAAACUCUGGUGGUCAGUGACCCGGGGAAUAGGCAGGGAGCGGCUGGGAUUGAGAUUUGCCAGGCCCUGGCCAGCAGGUUUGGGGUAAGGGGUGUACAGAAACAGGAAGUAUUACUCAGCCUGAGUUCCCCUGCUCCUCCCGACAGCUGCACGUCUCCCCUCUCCCUGGCUGCAGCAGUCCCCUCCAGGCUGAACGGCUAAGCCUGGCCCAGAGCACAGCUGACAAUUCACAGCCGCCUCUGACCCAGCCCUGCAAGAGAAGGAGGACCCCAGAGGAGGCCCAGUAGCCAGAGGGGAGGGGCUGGAGCAUAGCCAGGUAGGAGGCAGCACAGCCCUCAGCUGUCGCUCUCCUGCCAGGAGGCCACUAGGGCAAAACAAGGGAGGAUGAGAAAACAGCAGCCAAGCGGAGGCCACGUCUCCCGUCCCCGGGUUAAUGUUGCUCUGCCAAGAACACUUGGAGCCACCCUUGGCAGGCCCCCAGCCCAACCCUCUGCGGCAGAGCCCGUCAUAGGCAUGGGCUGCUCCCCAUUAACACGCCCUCUGCCUCCUUCCCUCAUCGUGCAGGUUCUGCUCAUGAGGGCCUGACAGCGGGGCUGAGUCACCCAUACCAGCUACAGGUCUCUUCCUUCCCCAUAGUCGCUCCACAAGACUGCCUUUCAAUUAACUACACCUCCCUCACUCCCACCCAGACACUGUGGGCCAGGAGCCAGGCCCACCUGCUGGGGCCCGGGGUGGUGGGGAUGUGAUGAGAAAGGAAGCCGUGAGGUGGCACAUAAUGCAGGGCUGCCCCCACAAAGGAAUCUUAAGCUCUCCAUUGCCCUGGGGUGUUGGUCACAGCUGCCCCAUCCCUGCAUGCGGAUGCUGCAAUUACCCAGGAGCACGAAACCCAGCUUCCUACCUGACUGAGUCAGCUGAGAACAAAAACACAUCUCCACCACCAGACACUGCCACAAACAGCCAAGCCACUCAUCAGAGUCCAGGAGCUGCCGGCAGAGAGGGCACGGCCCCACACUGCCCCAGAGAGCAGAGGAGCCAAGCAAACGCCAGGGCGAGUGAGCUCGGGCCAUCUGCUGCCUGCCUGUGAAAGGAGCGCUCACCAGCCUCGCCCAGCCCAAGAGCGUCUAUCUCUGCCUCCACCGGGGCUGCCCUCACUCAGGCUCCAGUAAGUGCUGCUUCUUCCUCCUGGGGUUUUUUCCACUGCCCUAUCCAGUAACCAGGCCACUCCUGUCCCUGUGGGAAACUCUUGCUGUCAGGAACUCCCAGCUCUCUGCCCUCCUGGACAAAAAAGCUCCUUCUUCCUGAGCCCUCCUCUCACCAACCAAGAUGCAACCAAAGGUCUUUGCUAAGCAGAAACCCCGAGGCCUCUGCUUGUAGGGGAGCCUCUCCGACUGCUGGCACUCACUGCCCCGGAAGGGACUGCAUGCUAUCCUGGGUGCUCCUGAAUGCCUAUCUGCUGGCUGCCCUGGGCCCCAUGGAAACCUGGCGGAAAGGCUCCUUCCGCAAUACCUCCUUCUUCAAGCGGCUGAGCCUGGGGAGGCCACGGCGGCUCCGGCGACAGGGCAGUGUGCUUAGCCAGGCCAGCACGGCGGGUGGGGACCACGAGGAGUAUAGCAACCGAGAAGUCAUCCGGGAGCUCCAAGGGAGGCCAGAUGGCCGGCGUCUGCCACUGUGGGGUGACGAGCAGCCCCGGGCCACGCUGCUGGCCCCACCCAAGCCCCCACGCCUCUACCGAGAGAGCUCAAGCUGUCCUAACAUCCUGGAGCCCCCACCUGCCUACACAGCGGCCUACUCGGCCACCCUGCCAUCAGCGCUCUCUCUAGCGAGCGCCCUCCACCAGCACUCAGAGGACGGCCUUGUGGACACUCCCUGCUUCCAGAGGACACCUGUCCCGGACCUCAGUGAUCCCUUCCUCACCUUCAAAGUGGACCUGGGGAUUUCACUUCUUGAAGAAGUUCUACAGGUGCUGAGGGAGCAGUUUCCCAGUGAACCUAGUUUCUGAAUGGGGCAAGGGUGGGCAAGGCUGGGGUGACUGGAAGAGCUGGAGCCUGAGGACCCAAUUGUGGAUUAAGGAAAGGGCAGGGACAGAACUCCAGGCCCAUCAUUGGAGGAUUCAGGCAGGCAGAGCUCCUCCAUCCUGGUGCAGGAUUCCAGAAUAGGAAUCCAGGGCUCUGCCUGCCCUCUGGGUCCUGAACAGUCCUCCCAGGCACCCCAGAGUGGAAGGACAGAGGCAAGCUGGGAAUGAUGGGAGGGGCACUUCCUGGCAGGACCCCUGAAGGAAGCUGGCUAUGCCAGGAAAGGGAGGCCAUGUGCUGCAACCACAGGAACCAGAUAGAGUCCGGCAGAGCCAGAAGGUGGCACGGGGUCAGGUCAGGGAGUAGGAGGACACGGAUUAGGCAGAAGAGAUGAGUGCCCUGCGUCAGCCUCUUUGGAAGCCACUGUCAACAGAGAGAGGUACAGGACAAGCCUGGGCAAAAGCGGUCCAACCCAGGCCAAAGAGGAAAGUGGGAAGAAAGGGGAGACAGAUCUGACCUUGUUCAAUCUGGUGGCCACGCACUGCAUGACACGGAAUUGAAAUCAAAUAAAAUGAACAAUUCAGUUCCUCAGUUGCACCAGCCACAUUCCAAAUGCCCAGUGGCCACACAUGACUAAUGGCUGCCACAUGGGUCAGUGCAGAAUAGACAUGACCAUCGCUGCACAAAGUUCCACUGCACAGCACUGGCUAGACCGUGGCCUGGGGCCACCAGCAAAGGGGAGACGCAUACAGGGGCUGGCCGCAUAGGAAGAGGUAGGUAGAGAUAGAGUAUAACUCCAGAAAAAGACCAGGCAAAUCCUUAGCAGAAAUGAGGACACGGCUGUCUGCCAACGCAGCUACCUGGUGAAGGAAGGCAGAUCCCGAGAAUGCCAGCCAAAGGCACGGGCACAGCUUGCAAAGGGGUGCUUUGUGGAAUUCCCAGAAUUAUUAGUGAUGGGAGCCCUUGGGAAGUUCAACAAAACAGUGGCAGAUUUCCUUCCUCGAAGAGAACUGGAUCCAGGGAUGGGCACUCGGCGGAGCAGCACAGCCGGUCUCCAGAACUGUCUCCCAGGAAUGGAGAGUUCUGCCUGCCUGAACCCUCCAACGAUGGCCUCAAACAGGCCAAACCCACUGGGUCAAGGCCACAGGCUGUGCUAUGGCCCCACCCCGUGGCCUGACCAGACAUGUGGAACCAGAGCCCAGCAGCAUUCGCUGGGGCACGUGCUGGUGGCCCCCAGGCCUCUUCUAAGAGUAGCAAAGGCGAGAGGGAAGCUUCGACACACCGUUUCUACCACUCAAAUCGGUGCCCUCCCUCUUUCCUCCUCUCGUGUAGUUACCGAGCUGUGGAUGCAGGGGAGAAUGAAUAAAAUUCUAACACAA